AUGUCGACUCGACCAGCGCCAGUGGCGCGCAAGUCGACAAAAUCUGAGUACAUCGAGACGGAUACCGGAAACAAGAUCUCUCGCAAGGCGAAAAUUGAAGGCAAGCCGAAUAUCAUGCUGGGCGGCAGGACCGUCAUCAUGGCAGAUGUCUACAUGCGAGGUGACUUGCAUCGCUUUUCCAGCUCUGGUGAUGGUGGAGCAGCACAGCCUACCACAGCCAUUAGCAUUGGAAGAUACACGGUAGUUGCUACGGGCUGUACUCUGAGACCACCGUCAAGGAUCAGCCGCGGCCAGAUGGCAUACUAUCCUAUGCGCAUAGGCGACAAUGUCUUUAUUGGUCCCAACUGCCAUAUCUCGGCAAUUGCGAUCAGUUCACAUGUUUACAUUGGCGCCAACGCUGUGCUCAGUCCCUUCUGUAUCAUCAAAGACAACUGCAAAAUUCUGCCUAAUACUGUGAUACCUCCCAAUAUGGUGGUUCCGGUGGGUAGUAUCGUUGGCGGUAAGCCCGGCAAAAUUAUCGGCGAGGUUGGCGAGGGAUGGGGUGUAGGUGCCGGUGCUUCCGGCGAAAGCUGGGUGGAGGGAGGUGAACUUCGCGAUCUGGUCAGAAGCAUCAGAUGA